AUGGCGCAGCAAUUCCCCGGCAUCAUAUCAACCACCCUCAACCUCCUGGACCAAUUCCAAGUUACACUCACCUCUCCCGCAUCCAGCGCAACAUCCCAAACACCUGCCAAAAAUGCAGACGCCCAGGAAAACUCUACGACCAGCGCCCUGCCUCUCCUCGCAAAUGCAGCGGCAGGCCUCAAAGCGCAGGUGACCAAGCUCUCACUGCUGGCGAUCAACUCGCCCUUCACCCAUUCCGCCGUGAUCACCGUGUUGCGCGCAUGCAAUGAGAGCAUUCUUCCGUCCCUCGUCACCGCCGCGCUCCUCGUCACACCCGCAGAAUAUACCAAGGCGUUUCACUCGGAGGUGCUGGUUCUGGUGAAAACGACACUGGCGGAGUUCUCCACCCUAGUCAAGGACGUGAAGGGGAUUGCGCAACAGAAGGAUACCGCGAAGAAAGAUGACCCUAAGAAGAAAGAAGAGGACAUCUCCAAGGUCUCCAAGGAUGCCAUUACCGUCGCGGUGGGCCGAGUGUGGGAUGCGUGUGACGCUGUCGCUGAAGUUGCGAACAAGGGUGUGGUGGGCUUCGUCAUGCGACGUGUCGAGCAGUGGCGUGAUCUGGUCAAAGAUGCGGUGGAGGAGCUGGAGGAGUGGGAUCCCGAGGGGGAUGAUGACUUUUUCGACGACCUGAUGGGUGAUGAGAAGGAUGGACAUGAUUCGGACGAGGAUUCGGAUGACGAGCAGGAAAAUGCGGCAUUGCAGGAACAGAAAAAAUCGACACUGCGGUUUCUGAAACCAGUUGCUCAAGUCUAUCCUGCCGUCAUCACUUAUCGGUUGAAAAAUGCUGGUGAUUUGCCCUUGUCGUCAACCGGGGGUGUGGCGAGACUCGAGUCCUUGAUGAUCAACCUGCAAAACGUGCCCGAACAAGUCGACGAAGUCGUUGGUGCGCUGUACGAAAGCAACUGGAACAAGGCGGCCGAACAUUUGAAGAAUAUUCAAAAACAAGCCAGUCAGGCUGUGAACUCGGUCGCCGCUUCCUGGAAUGCAGACGGAGGUGCUGACAGCGAGGCGACGCCCGGAGACAAGUUCACCGUCUGGUCGAAGACGUGGCUCAAGGUGAUGGAGGAAGUCAGCAAGUCCAUCAACACUGUGCCUUUGCAAUGA